AGUGCACCGUUAAUCUAUUACUAGAACAACAGUCUUACUUCAAAAUGUUCGUGGAACAGAAAAGCGUUAUAGAAAGUAGCAAUGAUCUAACAAAACAUUACGUACUGCGUAUAUUCUAUUAAGAAGGAUUCAAAUAGAACCAGCGAGUUUUCAGUAGAUUCGUUCCCCACAAAUGGACAGCGAUUUCGUGGUUGUUUUGUAUCGAUAUCGAUGUUUCGUUCCACCUGUCACUAGUGCGGGGGCCGGGCGGCAGGUGCGCACAGACGCGGCGGCGCGCCAGUCUCCCGCGGCACUCGCUUCGACCACACGUCGCGACACACCGCACUAUUAUCGACACGUGCGUGGCGCAACCCUAAUCUGUUGUUCUAUUUUUCAAACUGUGUUGUGUUACCUCUUUUCGGCCGGGAUUAAUCGACUUUUUAUAACAAUUAAACGAAGCAGUUCGGAUUUAGUGCAGUGUUACAGAUAUUAUGUGCAGUGACGCUACACUCUUCGACCUGAGGGACAGAAGGUGACAAUUGUUUUGUGAAUACAUGUUUGUGAGUUGUGUAUGAUGAUCGUUUGGCGAACGAAGAAUACUAGUCGUCGGAAAUACGGGGGCUGGUCCAAAAUGGCAUCAGAGUUCGCGUCACAUAUAAAAAAAUCGACAGUUUUAUGGCUCAUCUUAGCCUUAACGAAUACGAGAGCGAGAGCCGGCGAGCUCUGGCCGAUGGACCGACCGGACGGGAUGCCAGUCAUUCAAUCUCUCGAAGUGAUGUGCGGGAAAGACCACAUGGACGUGCACCUCACCUUCUCACACCCCUUCGAAGGCAUUGUCUCGUCGAAAGGUCAACACGGCGAUCCUCGGUGCGUGUACGUGCCUCCGUCAACGGGUCAAACGUACUUCUCGUUCAGAAUCGCCUAUGCAAAGUGCGGCACUAAACCAGAUCUCCACGGACAAUUCUACGAGAACACAGUAGUAGUGCAAUAUGAUAAGGACUUGUUGGAGGUGUGGGAUGAGGCGAAGAGGCUGAGGUGCGAGUGGUUCAAUGAUUAUGAGAAGACAGCGUCGAAGCCGCCGAUGGUCAUUGCCGAUUUGGAUGUAGUACAGUUGGAUUUCAGAGGAGACAACGUCGACUGCUGGAUGGAGAUCCAAGCUGGGAAGGGACCCUGGGCUGCACCAGUGUCCGGCAUCGUCCCAUUAGGAUCCACCCUGACUCUCGUCGUAGCCAUCAACGAUUAUCGAGGUGAAUUCGACAUGCGAGUAAAGUCUUGCGCGGCUUCCGAUGGCUCCGGGCAUGUGAUUCAGCUGUCAGAUGAAUAUGGAUGCGUGCUGCGACCUAAGAUGAUAUCGAGAUUCCUCAAAGCCAAAGCAGUGGACGAGCGAGCGACAGUCAUUACCUACGCCUUCUUCCAUGCCUUCAAGUUCCCCGACGCCCUUAGCGUCCACAUCAGAUGCAAAGUCGAGAUCUGCAGGCACGGCUGUUUGGACCACUGUCAGUUAGCCGGCGUCACCCCGCAAAGACACGGAGCAUUAGACAGGAAAGACGAUAGGACCCAUCAAGAUCACAACGAUAUAAAUGACUCAUCAGCUGAAGACGGCGGUCUAUCAGAUCUAGAUGAAGCUCGUCUUCCACUUGAAGAAGCGUUUGGUGAUGAGGUAUCUGGUGACGUGGUCCUGGCUCCCGCUCCGCUACCACAGGUAGCUCCAGCGCCGGUCGUUGAACCUGAAACAGAUCAUGACCACAGGUCUGCAGUUGAAGAAUUGGUUGAAGCUCUUGCUAGGCCUUUCACUGACCGCUCCACAAUGAUUGAUCGUGAACGUUUCCCUCACGGACCUCGUAACCUGGGUACCAACGUUAGGCCAGAACCUUCAGGCGAUGGAGUGGUCCCAGCUAGGGCUCCUGGACCCGCUGUAGCUGGACCCCGGUCUCUUCGCAAGCGGCGCGCAGUCCGCGACGCCAGGUCUGCCGAUGUUGGAGUAUCGGGAAUUUAUGACGUAGUUUCUGAAGCUGACUUGGCCUUUGGACCCUCAAGAACUGAACCAGUUACUGUUUUCAGUGGAAGGAUUCGUGAAGAGGUCGUGUACGGAAUAUGCAUGGGAGCCGUUAGUUUUGGUGCCCUAUUCGCUUCUGCAGCUGGUGCAGCCGCCAGUGCAGCGUUAGCAGCUGCAGUCAUGCUGCAGAAACUGCGUUCACGAAUGGCAGUACAACCGCCGCCUGUAGUAACCCCCGCACCGGCUUCACACUCCCUCGCCGCGUGGAUGGCUCUAAGACUCUUGGGAUCCCAACCACACCCACAUCACUCCCGCGAUGGUUGACCCAACCUAAAAAAUCCUACCGAAGACUGUUUUUAGAUGCUAAUUCAAUAUACGUCGAAACUGUU